UAAUACACCAAGUAUGGAAUUGCUGCGGCCUUAAAAACGUUAUCCUGUACAUGUUUGGAAGAGGGAAAAGCAUAACUAUGAUAAGAUGGACAAGCAACAGCAAAGGGUCUUUUUAACAUUGGAUGUAAUAUUUAUGUGUUGGAUUAUUGUUUUCAACAUUUCAUCAAUUGUUGUCAUUAUACGAAAAUCAAAAUUGAGGAAUCCCAAAAAUUACCUGUUAAUUUGCCUUGCUUUUUCGGACCUGUGUAUUGGUGUGUUCGUGAUACCAAAUGUAGUGUUCUUAUCGCUUCAUAAUUCUCCUGUGUCUGCCUUGGUUUGCCAAAUGUGUAUGUAUUCCGAAUUCAUGGCAAAGGUAGCCCAUGCGUGUUCGAUUGUUGCACUUGCAAUAGACCGAUUUAUAGCAAUACAGUUUCCUAUGAAGUCAAAGCAACUUAGAACCCAGAGAAACUAUAUGUUUGUUGUUGGUGCUAUAACCGUUUUCUCUCUCCUGUACGGCAUUCGUGGGCCUACCCUUUACAGACAGACAGAAAAAGUCAUCCCAAGCCAGAACAACGGUAACAACACAGUGGUGAAAUACCUAUGUAAAGUUACAGAUGAUGUAAUUCCCAUUCAUUUAGGAUUUUUGAUUGUGGACUUUCUAGUGCUUUUUCUUCUUCCCGCCAUUGUAUUAAUCAUCUCAAAUACUGCCGUAUCCCGGACGUUAAGCAAGAAAGCAAUAACAAGGACCGGAAAGAUCCCUCCGCCAUUACUUGCCACAAGGAAGAAAGCCAUGCGUCUUCUGCUUAUUAUGGUCGCCAUCUUCAUCAUCCUGAACUUUCCACUAUGGUAUUAUCGAAUGGCAAUGGACAUUUUUAAGCAGAAUAUCCCGAAUUCCGCAAUAGUGAAACACAGUUUUUUGCUUCUAGUUUUCUUUUAUAACUGUUCUAAUGUGUUCUUUUACGGGAUGCUGAAUAGUGAGUUGCGCAUGAUGCUGUUUAAGAUAUUCAAUGCGUGUGGACUCUGCCAAGACGUGGAUAUGUUAAGAAGGUCCAGCUUCAUGAGUCAUUGCUCCUCCAGUAACACAAGUUUAUACAACAUUUCAAGAAGAAAUACGAACUCUUCACUGCGACAGAUGACAGUAAUUGUUGAGAAUACUUAACUAAUACAUGUCUUUGAAAGAAACC